AUGGGCAAGGACAAGCAGCGCCGUGGCCAGCAGCGGCAGGGGGGGCUUGCCACGGACGCCACCAGGCUCGACGACAUGGGACCGAAGAAGGGCAAAGGGGCCCCCAAGGAGUGCGGGGAGGAGGAGGCCCAGAAGUGCUGCGGCUGCCGGUUCCCGCUGCUGCUCGCCCUGCUGCAGCUGGCCUUGGGCAUCGCUGUGACCGUGAUGGGCUUUCUCAUGGCGAGCAUCAGCUCCUCCCUGCUAGUCAGAGACACUCCAUAUUGGGCUGGGAUCAUUGUCUGCUUGGUGGCCUAUCUCGGGUUGUUUAUGCUCUGUGUCUCCUAUCAAGUUGACGAACGAACAGGUAUCCAGUUUGCUAUGAAACUGCUGUACUUCCUACUCAGCGCCCUGGGCCUGAUGGUCUGCGUGCUGGCCGCGGCCUUUGCUGCCUACCACUACUUGCAGCUCAUUCAGCUGACCUGUGUGACCGCCCUUGAGUCCUGCCAAUGCAAACUGCCCUCGGAGGAGCCGCUGCGCAGGUCCUUUGUGUAUCGGGAUGUGACCGACUGUGCCAGCGUCACUGGCACCCUCAAACUCUUCUUUCUUGUCCAGAUGAUUCUUAACUUGGUCUGCGGCCUCGUGUGCUUGCGGGCCUGCUGUGUGAUGUGGGAACACAGGUACCAAGUCUUUUAUGUGGGUGUCAGGAUAUGCUCGCUAACACCUUCUGAAGACCAGCAGCAAAAGGUCUAGUGUUCUUGCUCAAAAGUAGGAGGGAAAACAGCUGAGGUUAAAAAAAAAAAAAAAAAGUUUGGCCAUAGGUAUUAUUCACCGUUUCUAAAUGAAUGUAUUUUUUUUCAGGAAAUGAAAGAGAUUUUCUUCAGACUUCUAUAGGAUUUAAAAAAAAAUUCUUGUGGUGAAAAUAAGAUCCAAAUUGACUCCAGAAUAUUAGAAGAAUGCUGAAUGGGGAAUAAUGGCAUAGAUGUGUCUUUAAGUCUGGAGUCGACGCCUCACACUCACUGUAUCGGUGACUUCUAGGCCCUUCUUUGCUGUUUGCCUGGUGAAGUUAGGCCCAUGUCCGCGGGAUUCUGUAGAGUCUGCCUGGGGGCGGUCCUCCUCCCACGCUGGUCCUUACUCUGUCGCCCAGAAUGUAGAGACAGGGCGAAGGGCUGAGGGCCAGAGACCCCUGCUGUUGUCCCUUGUAGAUCUGUCUGCAAGUCUUGAAGCAGCGGAAGGGAAGGAGCAGAGGCCCGGGAGGGAAGCAGCCUGCUCUGGGGCUGCCUGACUCUGCAAGUAGAUCAUUGACUAAAGGCUUUGGAAGAUUAUCUGUUUCUCAGUAAUUGAAAGCUAGCGAUAGUUGUAUUCUUAAUGAUGUAGACGCUUUAAAAAUAAUUACAUUAGGUUUCUAUUCUAUCAUCUAAAACAAAUCAUUAAAACUAAUUUCUAGCUAAUUGUUAAUUAUAAUUAUGCUCAGAAGUCUACUUAAUGAGCCCUGGCUGUACUUAUGUGGCGCUGUCAGUAUUAGGAGAAAUUACUCUCACAAGAGAGGAGGCUUGAAGAUUCUUUUCUUCUGAAAGCCAAGCUUUACAAGGAAGCAAAGGAAGCAAAAAACAAAACAAAACUUUAUU